GAGAAAGAUAGAGGGAGAGGGCGGACGAGCUGACAUUCGAGAACAACGCGAGAGAGCGAUGCAAUAUCUGGGCUGCAGCUGAACCAGAGACAAACACAUACAUACCUAUACGUAUAUAUACAUUCACUACCCUAAAAAACACCCGUCCACGUUUUUCUGCUGUUUCGUCGUGAAGUGAAGGCCAAAGCUCCGGCAGUGGUGGAUCAUGUCCGUGUUGGCUCUGCACGAGUAUGAAUUCGAGAGACAGUUCAAUGAGGACGAAGCCAUCCGAUGGAUGCAGGAGAACUGGAAGAAAUCUUUCCUCUUCUCUGCGCUCUACGCGGCCUGUAUACUCGGCGGGCGCCACGUGAUGAAGCAGAGGGAGAAGUUUGAGCUGAGGAAGCCGUUGGUGCUGUGGUCAUUAACUCUCGCCGUCUUCAGUAUAUUUGGUGCCAUCCGAACUGGGAGCUACAUGACGUACAUCCUGAUGACCAAAGGCCUGAAGCAGUCUGUGUGUGAUCAGAGUUUCUACAAUGGACCGGUCAGCAAGUUCUGGGCGUACGCUUUCGUGCUGAGUAAAGCACCCGAGCUCGGAGACACACUAUUCAUCGUCCUCCGUAAGCAGAAGCUGAUCUUCCUGCACUGGUACCAUCACAUCACCGUGCUGCUGUACUCCUGGUACUCCUAUAAGGACAUGGUGGCCGGCGGUGGGUGGUUUAUGACCAUGAACUACCUGGUGCACGCGGUCAUGUACUCCUACUAUGCGCUGAAGGCCGCAGGCUUCAAGUUGUCUCGCAAGUUUGCCAUGUUCAUCACGAUCACGCAGAUCACACAGAUGGUGAUGGGCUGCGUGGUCAACUAUCUGGUUUACUCGUGGAUGCAGCAGGGUCAGGAGUGUCCGUCGCAUGUCCAGAACAUCGUGUGGUCGUCCCUCAUGUACCUCAGCUACUUCGUGCUCUUCUGUCAGUUCUUCUUCGAGGCCUACAUCACCAAGACCAAAUCCAUGGAAAGCAAGAAGAAACAGUAAAGUGCACCAAAAGUUAAAAGAGAGAGAGAGAGAGAGAGAGAGAGUGAGUGAGUGAGUGGGUAUAAAAGUGGACCAAUGUGAGGAGAGUCUUAACGUGUUAGGGUUUACAAGAUUGGAGGAGAACGAUGAAGAACUGGAGGUUUUACAGUUUAAAGCUUGUGCAUACUGUACUACUAACGCAUAAAGUUAAACCUCCCCUCCACCGGGGGGCUCUAUUGAGCUGCACUGAUGAAUUAUUACUAUGAUAACUGAAGAAAAAAAACAAAACAAAAAUGUGUCUUUACGUGAUGUUUAUGUGCCCAAUGCUAUUCUCUAUAUUUAAAAAAAUAUAAUAAUGUAUAAAUACAAAAAAGGGAGAAGUUUAAUAAUAAAUACACUAGCCUAGAUUAAGGAAGCGUGAACGUUCUAGAAUGAAAAAAACAAAGGGAAUGAUUGAUGGAGCGAAACAGAUGACGAACGAAAUCUACAUUUGUGUGGUUACGUCUACGAUGUUUGUCCUUGAAGUCAACAUUAAUGUUGUUAGCGUUCCAUUUUAAUUUUUUUUUUUUUUUAUCUAUUAGACGCUAGUGUGAGAGGUAGUUUUGUACGAAAGCCAUGUCGACGGACGGCCGGUGAAACAUUUGCGCUAAAAAAAAAUACAAAAAAAUGUAAUGCCACUGGAUGUUUCGUGUUCAGCAUUGCAGCGCCAAAUUCUCUCAGGUCAGUUUUCCAUUUGAUGUGCAUAUCAUUUAGGAAAUAAGACGAAAAAUAAAUAAACAGAAGAAACACAAUAGACGUAAAAGUGCGUAAGUAGCUACGUAGAACUUCAAUGCCAUCGAACAUGUGCUAAAGAAGAAAAACAAAACGAUGCUGAGAGGACAAUUUGGACCAGACUGAUCAUCCAACCAUCACGGCUCUCUAUCCCAACGCGAUUCACUUAACCUCUAUGAGCCGAAGGGUCAUUGGCCAUGCUGCCCUCUAUGGGGCAUGGUGUGCUUUCUUGCAGCUAGAGGUCGGUGUCCGUCAUCUAUUCCAAAGACCAAUGCCGAAGGGGUCUGAAGCAGAUCCUCCUGAAGGAACUUGGAAUUUUGAGCAUAUUUAAACAUGCAACAUGUCUACAUACACUGUAAUAAAGCUGUCAUUGAAUGGUG